UGAGUCAGCUGGUGUAUAAACACCACACCCUGCUCAGUCCUGGAUCAUAACGGAGCUGCUGGUCUCUGAAGGUGAAUCCAACAUGGCGCUGGUGUCCGAGUUCCUGGGUCAGCUGACGCUGUCGUAUGGAGGGGAAGAAGAACCCAAAUUCCCCACCGUGGUACCGGCACGAGACUUUGACCCGGCUCGGGACGCUGCCAGGAUCGAUACAGCCAUCAAAACCAAAGGAGUGGAUGAACAGACCAUCAUCGACAUCCUGACCAGACGGAGCUAUGAGCAGCGCAGAGAGAUUGCUUUCGAUUACGAACGGAUCGCUAAAAAGGACCUGGUUGCUGCCCUGAAGGGGGCGCUGUCCGGCUCUCUGGAGGCUCUGAUGUUGGGUCUGAUGAAGAGCACCGCCCAGUUUGACGCAACUGAGCUCAAAGCCUCCAUGAAGGGCCUCGGGACCGACGAGGAAACCCUGAUCGAGCUCGUCUGCUCCAGAAACAACGAGGAACUGACGGAGAUCAAGAAGGUUUACAGAGAUAUGUUCAAGAAGGAGCUGGAGAAGGACAUCGCAGGAGACACGUCGGGGGACUUUGCCAAGCUGCUGCUGGCUUUGGUUCAGACAAAAAGAGACGAGCCGACCAACGUGGUGGACUACCAGAAGAUCGACGAUGAUGCCAGAUCUCUGUAUGAAGCCGGGGUGAAGAGGAAGGGCACGGAUGUGGUCACCUGGAUCUCCAUCAUGUCCCAGAGGAGCAUCCCUCACCUGCAGAAAGUGUUUGAGCGCUACAAGAGCUACAGUCCCUACGACAUGAAGGAGAGCAUCAGGAAGGAGGUGAAGGGAGACCUGGAGAAGUCCUUCCUCACUCUGGUGGAGUGCUUUGAGAACCGGCAGCUGUACUUCGCCAACAGACUCUACGACGCCAUGAAGAGUAAAGGAGCCAAGGAGAAGGUGGUGACUCGGAUCCUGGUGUCCCGCUGCGAAGUGGACCUGAUGAAGAUCAGGACUGAGUUCAAGAGGCAGCACAAAAAGUCUCUGUACCAGACCAUCGCUGAACACACCAAAGGAGACUACCAGAAGGCUCUGCUGAGUCUCUGUGGAGGAGACGACUGAAAACACUACGUUUCCCAGCAGCCACCGGGGCGGACCUUCCUCGCCUGCUUCAUGUGAUUUAUUGAUGUCUGAUUCUGAAAUAAAAAGUCUCCAAACCUGCA